AUGGCUCCCGACCUCAACUCCCUACCUCCAUCAACACAUUCUAGAAACAUGAACUCAUCAGGUACAAACGGCGAUAGCCCUACGCCCUUGGGAGGCGGCACAGACUCCCCUCCGUCUGCUUCCCGCUCGCAAUCCAUCUCUCUACAGGCAGCAGCUACAAUGAACGCCGGACUCCAGCGACGAUCCUCGAGUAGCUCUGUUACACGAAAUCAGCAAUCCCCCGCCGGCCGCAGACGAUCUACCGUUCUCAUGAAUCUCCAAUUCAACGAUCCUAGCCUUCCUGCCCCGGGUGAAAUGCAAGAAGGACCCGGCGGCGUCAGUGGCAGUGGUGUCAGCACCGCCAGUCCUCGACCGCUAUCCGGUUCCCCCCUCCUGGCUGCCCGCGAUCCACACCACAAUCGCGCGCCGAGUCUUGGAGAACUACAUCAGGAGCUCGAGGCCGAGCAAGAAGCUCAGGUGAACCGAUUGCUGCAAAUGAUUCGCCGCCAGCAGCUCGAGCUUCAGCAGCUUCAAUCGACUCAGGGCCAGAACCAAAGCGCUGUAGCUGCUGAUGAUUCUACCCCUGCUUCAGAACGCUCUGCCUCUGGUGUACCUUCCGGAGUGGCCACGAACCAGGGAACUGGAACUUCCUCUGUUUCUACUCCUCGGUCACCUAUUCUACCCCGUGGUUCAUUUGACAUUGGAAGACCCGAUCUGCGGACGUCGGGCACUUCAAGUCGACGCACAUCGUCCACCCGCUUGAGAUCUGGUUCGAUAAGUGGCGGUGACAUUAGCGAUCCCUCGCUCCUGAGUGGCCGUGAUGAAAGUGCCUUUUAUCAGGCAGAAACACAGUCGCUUGUCAGGGAGAAUCAAAUGCUGCGACAUCGAAUUAGAGAACUUGAGCGGCAACUGAAUGAGGCGCAAACAACCUCAACCAUAACGAGAGAACCUGCGCAACCAUCUCAGCUUCUACAGUCCCAGUCAGUAUCUGAAGAGGCGGUAGGCGGCGCUACACCAACAGCACCUGUCACAGCCUCUGCUCCGAAAGAAGAGUAG